ACAGCUUGGGGUACUACCACCCGUCACUCUACUCCUUCCCCGCACACCCCCACUCUCCCUCGGUCCCUCAACGGACCCCCCUCCACGGCCAUGCGCACAAUCCUCAAGCCGCUCGCCAUUCAUGCCGCCUACUCACCCAUUGAAACGAUCGUUUUCCUCAGCGUCGUCGGCACCCUAGCGUACCUGCGCGUCCUCACUGCGGUCAAACACUCCGCAUUCUUCGCACCGACAGCCCCAGCCCGACCCGCCUAUGCACUGUAUACAGACAACAGCUGGGUCGCGGUGCGCGAAUCGGCCUGGUUCCGGGAGGAAGGGGCGAAACUCGAUUUGCAGCAAAUUGUCUUCAACGGACCGCGGCCCGAGGAGACUUCGUCCCUGGACAACCUCACGGCACAUAUUGCGACCAAGUCCGCUGGCUUUGUGCACCUGAGCAAGGCGCCUGAUGCGUGGACGCAGACGGUCGAGGUCAAAGAAGAUGCCAACUUCUCUCCGCUUCGGUCGCUACCUCAGGAUAGCUGGGGUAUUGCGUAUGAAGCGGAUGCGCCCAGUGAGCCUAUAUCUCAGAUGCAGUCGGGCAGAUGGGUCGCCUAUGCACUGAAAGUUUUGAUUACCAGGUUCUACGAGCUGGCCAAGAAAACACCCACGCCGGACAUCCUGCUCAUCCUGACAGGCUACACGCUGAUGCACGUCACAUUUUUCCUGCUCAUCUCACGCUCACGGGCCCUCGGCUCAUCGUUUACGCUCCCGCUUGCGAUCGUGUCCUCGUCCGUGCUCGCGCUGCUCCUGGCGCUCCCCGUGAGCAUGAUGCUGCGCAUCCCGAUGCAUCCGGUCGCGCUGACCGAGGCCCUGCCGUUCCUCGUCUGCACCGUCGGCUUCGACAAACCUCUCCGGCUUGCGCGCGCGGUGUUCACCCACCCGCGUGCGUUCAGGCCGGCGGCGACACCCGCGGGGGAGGUUGUUCUCGACGCGCUGAGCGCGACGUACUACCCGAUCCUGCGCGACUAUAUUCUCGAAAUCGCGGUGUUGGUCCUCGGCGCCGGGUCGCGCAUCGCCGGCCUGGCGGAGGUCUGCGCGUUGGCGGCCAUCCUGCUCGCGCUCGACUGCUUGAUGAUGUGCACGUUCCUCGCUGCUAUCCUGUGCGUUAUGAUCGAAGUGCGUCGGAUCCCCUCGCAGAAUGCUCCGAAACCGUCAUUCUGGUCGCGCUUCAUCGGGCCGAAGGGCAAUCUGCUCCCUCCGCGUGGUUCGCUCACCAGCCCCAAUCUGUCUAACCCGGAGAAGACUGGCGCUAAGACGCAAGAGAGUCCUGUCGCGCGGCUGAAGCUGCUGCUGUUGGUCGCCUUCCUCGGACUGCAGGUGCUCAAUCUGUCGGCACCGCUGUUCCCGCCCCCGGCAUCCCGGCCCACCCUUCCCGCGCCCACAACGCCUCUCGACUGGGACCUGCUUUCGAUGCUGGUGGCGCCCGAGGAGUCGACGACGGUGUCGCGCCUGCUGGUGCGCCUGCGGCCCCCUGUUGUGCUCCGUCCGCGACGACUGGGCUUGAGCUCGUCGAUUGACAAGGCGUUGAGCACGUGGACGCGGCUGGUGGGCGACCCGGUGCUGUCCAAGGGCAUUGUAGUGGUGCUCGUGAUCAGUGUCCUGCUGAAUGCGUUCUUGAUCCGCGGCGUCGCGCAUGCCCGCGGCGGCGGUGUGCGUUUCGACGAGAAGGAGGAGGAGCAAGUCAAGGAGAAGAAGGAGGAGCAGGCUAAAGAGAAAAAGGAGGCGGAGCAGGACGGCUGGGCGAGGGAGGUCGCCAAGUCCACCUCGGUGGAGAAUCUCGCUGCGGUCCAUGCACAGACGCCGCAUCCCGGUGCCGGCGCGGUGCCAACGUUUUCGCUCGAGGAUGUGGAUCGGAGGUUGCGCGCCAGAGGACGGGGAUUGCGUAGUCAGACACCAGCGCGGCGGGCCCCGAUAUCGGACGACGAGGAUGAGGAUGAAGAGAAGGAGCCCCGUCCAUUGGAGGAGCUGAUCGCUCUGAUGGAGGGCACGCCCAAGUCAGACGGUCUGCAGGACAUGUCCGACGAGGAAGUUCUGGUCCUGGCCAAGGCGGGCAAGAUCGCCGCAUACGCUCUCGAGAAGGUCCUUGCACCCGCUCGGGAACCUGCCGGCCUCGAACGCGCUGUCCGAGUCCGACGUGCGCUGAUUUCGCGUGCGUCGAUGACGCAAACGCUCGAAUCAUCUAGCGUGCCUUUCGAGACCUACGACUACGACAAGGUGAUGGGCGCCUGCUGCGAGAACGUCGUGGGCUAUAUUCCGAUACCGCUGGGAAUCGCCGGUCCCCUCACCAUCGACGGUGUUUCGUUCCAUAUUCCGAUGGCCACCGCCGAGGGAACUCUCGUCGCGUCCACAUCUCGAGGCUGCAAGGCCCUGAAUGCCGGAGGCGGAGUCACGACUGUUCUGACGCAAGAUGCGAUGACUCGUGGACCGGCCAUUGAUUUCCCGUCGAUCGUCGAGGCCGCUCGUGCGAAGGCAUGGGCUGCCAGCCCGGACGGUUCCGCUGCGCUCAAGACCGCGUUCGAAAGCACUUCGCGAUUCGCCCGGCUGACGAGCAUGAAGACUGCGAUGGCUGGACGCACGCUGUUCAUCCGGUUCGCGACGGCAACGGGCGAUGCCAUGGGGAUGAACAUGAUUUCCAAAGGUACUGAGAAGGCGCUCGAGGUCAUGCAGGCGGAGUUUCCCGAGAUGGUCGUCCUCGCGCUGAGCGGGAACUACUGCACCGACAAGAAACCGGCUGCGAUGAACUGGAUCGAGGGGCGAGGGAAGAGCGUCGUCGCGGAGGCCGUCAUUCCCGGCAAAGUCGUCAAGAGUGUGCUCAAGACCACUGUGGAGGCUCUGUGCAACCUGAACACGAAGAAGAAUCUGGUCGGCAGUGCGAUGGCGGGGUCGAUCGGAGGCUUCAACGCCCAUGCUGCGAACAUUUUGACUGCGAUGUUCCUCGCGACUGGACAAGACCCGGCUCAGAAUGUGGAGAGUUCGAAUUGUAUCACGCUUAUGGAACCUACGAACGAUGGGCAGGAUCUAUUGAUGACCGUCUCGAUGCCCUCGAUCGAAGUGGGCACUGUCGGCGGCGGCACCGUGUUGACACCGCAAGGCCACGUGCUGGAGAUGCUGGGUCUCCGCGGAGCCCACCCGACACGACCCGGACAAAACGCCCAAGGGCUCGCGCGCGUCAUCGCCGCGGCCGUCAUGGCCGGCGAGCUGUCGCUGAUGAGUGCGCUGGCCGCUGGACACCUGAUCCGUGCGCACAUGGUGCACAACCGAUCCCAGCCACCGACACCCGCCGUGUCGCAGCCCGCGACACCGGGACUCGUGGCGCCCGUUGCUGGACAUUUGCCUGAAGCCCCGGCAAGGACGUAGAGUGCGCCCGUGCAUGCUACUUGGGCCGAGGUUUUAGACGCUGUAGAUGUAUAGCUGCGAUAUACGUCUUGGAUAUGUAAAUUACUCACUCACUAUAACAUCUAUACAUAUUGCAGUACGCUGCUUAUUCUCGCUCCGCAGCCCAGGAUUGCAGUUCAUGUAAUGGAAUAAAGCAUUCAAUUGCGGGAUACCAUUUUCGGGUAUCUGGAAUCA